CCAUCAGUCGCGAGACUGCUCGGCACCGAUGUCUGGAUAGUCAUGAAGCCAUCCGCACUGCUCGCGCCGGUGCCCAUCACACUGCUCAGCACACUCUCCAAGGCACCGGUGGCCUCGCUGAGCACUGCACUGCUCACGGGUGCGGUGUCCUGCGCCGUCGCACCGGCAAGCAGGAGGGAGGCGCAAGCGAGAGAUCGGAAGAACAUGAUGCUGGUUGGAUGAUUUGGCGCAAAGAAGCGAUAUGCUCUGUAGUCGCAAUAGUGUCGAAGACUGGAAUGAAUGCGAGUAACAAGAACAAAUACAGCAGAGGGUUAGAAAUGGCCCUGAGUUCAUGCGCACUGGCGCUUUGUGCAGCGAGCGCCUCUCUGCCUCUACGUAGCUUGCUCGACUCUCGUGGCCGUAUCCGGUUUCGCGGACGUGGCUCCUUCCCCCUAGGGUUCAGCUCCACGUCGCUCCACGUCGCUCCACACCAUGAAAGGGCGAGCACAUCCAAUGGAGCGUCGCAGCUGAAGACAGCGACAGAUCGUCCAUGGCACAUGAAACCGGCUGAGAUCGCGUCCCCGCACAAUGUGCUGCCCAACUGAUCAUGCGUUGUUUGCUGCGGGAAGGUGCUCUCUGCUUGCAAUCAGCAUGGUGCGAU